UCUUCCUUUUCCUUCUUCCCCUUUCCCUUCCCUAUUGCUCCCUCUUCUAUUCAAACUUCAAACUUAGAUUUUUUUUCUUUCUUUCUCUUUUCUACCAAAUUGAUCUCUUUAUUCUAACUCUUAUUUUAUUAAUUAAUCACAUUCUAAUUCAUCAAAACCCUCAAAAUCAUUGAAUGCCGUGUCUUUGAAGAAACUAAUAACCCAUUGAAAUUUGAACACAUGUUUUAUGCUUCAUCACUCUCUCUCUUUUGCUACUUUUCUUGUUCAUUUUGUAUCAUAAUUACCACAAAUUAGUUUAAUAAUUUUCUUCAAUUUAUCUAAUCUUGGUAGUUAAGUUAGUAGUUUAGAUCUAAAUGAGCUAUGGAAGAUCAUAAGUCACCAUCUAUGUUGUUUGUUAGGUUUAGCUUUUUCCUUUUGGGAACUGUAUUAGUAAUAAAAAUCAUAACUUUGACCACUGAUUUUGAAAAUUGCCAUUGAUUAUUUAUUGUUUAUGUUGCAAUGGAUAAAGGGUUUUCUUCUUCUUUGUUGUUAUUGCUAUUGUUGAUGAUUAGUUCUCUUGUGAUAUCUGUUUAUGGGAUUGAUGGUGAAUAUGUACAUUGCAACUGUGAUGAUGAUGAUCAUGGGAUUUGGAGUGUACAAAGUAUUUUGGUUUGUCAAAAAGUCAGUGACUUUUUCAUUGCUAUUGCAUAUUUUUCAAUACCCCUUGAGCUUCUUUACUUUGUUAGCUACUCCAAUGUUCCAUUUAAAUUGGUAUUUCUCCAGUUUGUUGCCUUUAUAGUUCUAUGUGGUUUGACCCAUUUACUCAAUGCCUAUACUUACUAUGGCCCUCAUUCCUUUCAAUUGUUUCUAUCUCUCACUGUUGCUAAAUUCCUCACUGCCCUUGUUUCAUGUGCCACUGCAAUUACUUUUCCCACCUUGAUUCCUCUUCUUUUGAAAAUCAAGGUGAGGGAGUUUUUCUUGAAGCAGAAUGUGUUGGAAUUGGGACAGGAGGUUGGGAUUAUGAAGAAACAGAAGGAGGCUAGUUGGCAUGUUAGGAUGUUGACCCGCGAGAUUAGGAAGUCUUUGGAUAAGCAUACAAUUUUGUAUACCACACUUGUUGAGCUUUCCAAGGCCUUGGAGUUGCAUAAUUGUGCGGUUUGGAUGCCUGAUGAGGAUAGAAGGGUGAUGCAUUUGACUCAUGAGUUGAAGCCCAAUCCGGCGAAGAGUUUUCAUAGUUCCAUUUCUGUAAAUGAUUUGGAUGUGUUAGAGAUAAGAAAGAGCAAGGGGGUGACGAUUUUGAGGCCUGAUUCUGCACUCGGAGCUGCCAGUAGUGGUGAAUCUGGGGACUCGGGUGCUGUAGCAGCCACUCGUAUGCCGAUACUUCAUGUUUCGAAUUUCAAAGGAGGGACACCGGAGUUUGUUGAGACAUCUUAUGCUAUACUAGUUUUGGUUCUUCCGAAAUCGAACUCAAGGGCUUGGACCCACCAUGAGAUGGAGAUAGUGGAGGUAGUUGCUGACCAGGUUGCUGUGGCCUUGUCUCAUGCAUCUGUUCUUGAAGAGUCUCAGCUAAUGAGACAGGAACUGAAAGAGCAAAACCGGGCGUUGCAACAGGCACAAAAGCAUGCAAUGAUGGCCCGCCAGGCAAGGAGCUCAUUUGAGAAAGUGAUGAGCCAUGGAAUGAGGAGACCGUUGCAUUCAAUCCUGGGCUUGCUUUCAAUGUUUCAAGAGGAUAAUAUAAGAUCUGAACAGAAGAUUGUGGUUGAUACAAUAUUGAAAAUUAGCAAUUCGCUCUCGCGUUUGAUAAAUGAUGUAAUGGAAAUUUCAGCCAACGACAAAGGAAGUUUCCAGUUAGAGUUGAAACAUUUCCAUCUACAUUCCAUGCUGAGGGAAGCUUCAUGCAUUGCCAAGUGUUUGUGUGUGUAUAAAGGCUUUGGUCUUGAAAUUGACGUGCAGAGAUCCUUGCCUGAUAUGGUAAUAGGUGAUGAAGCAAGGUCUUUUCAGUUAAUUUUGCAUAUGAUUGGCUAUUUAUUGAACUUAUAUGAUAGAGGGACUCUCAUUUUCCGAGUUUCUUUUGAAAGUGAUACCGCAGAUAAGGAUGAUAGAAGUUCUGGAAUAUUGAGAUCAAGCAUGCAAAAUGAUAAUGUGCAUAUAAAAUUUAAUUUCCAGAUAACUGGUACUAGUUCCCAUUCAGAUGGACCAAUUUUAAAUAGUAGUUGUGCUAGUAGGAUGCCCCACAGUAAUGAACCUAAGGAGGGCCUAAGUUUCAGCAUUUGCAAAACACUGGUGCAGAUGAUGGAAGGUAAUAUCUGGAUAUCACCAAACUCUCUGGGUUUGGCACAAGGGAUGACACUUCUUCUCAAGUUUCAAUUAGGAUCAUCGCAUGGAAGAUUCGUUCUUGCUAACAAAGAUUUUUCAAACCAACAGUUUAGAGGUCUUAACGUUAUUUUAGCUGAUGAUGAUAAUGUAAACAGGACUGUAACUAAGAAGCUGCUUGAGAAGCUGGGUUGUCAAGUAACCGCCGUUUCAUCGGGUUUUGAUUGUUUGGCUGCUAUAACUGCCUCCAGUAUACCAUUCAAAAUCAUCCUAUUGGAUCUUCAAAUGCCUGAAAUGGACGGUUUUGAAGUUGCAAGGAAGAUUCGGAAGUUCCAAAGCCGAAAUUGGCCCUUGAUUAUUGCUCUUACAGCAAGUGCAGAAGAACGCAUAAAGGAGAGAUGCCUGCAGGUGGGAAUGAAUGGAUUGAUUCGAAAACCUAUCCUUCUUCACGAGAUAGCUAAUGAAAUUAGAACAGUCCUGCUACGUGCAGGUGAAAAGUUCUAAAAAAACAAUUUUAAGUUUAUCAAAUUUCUUAGAUUCCUCAAAAUUCGUUACUUCAAUACUGUUGAAGAGAACCUGGGAUUUCUAACAUACUGAAUAUACUAGAUUCACUUGGCUAACCAUUUUUCUGUUUGAUCA